AUGUGGCCACGUGGCAUUGGUGACGUCAUCCUCAUCCUCGAUGGCGAUGAGCGAUUGGCCGAGGACCUCAUUCCCACAUGGAUCAAAGUCUACUAUGAGGAGAACAGGCUGAAACUCCCAGGAAAGAUCCUGCAGCAGUGGAGCUACCUCUGGGCUGACAACUACACUACAGCCCCUUACGUGGCCUUAAUAGAUGAUGACGUCAUCUUCAACAUGAAAGUAACGCCCGGGUUACUGUUCAACUUGACGAACGGCAAGCCGUACGUGAUAGGAAGUGCGCAGCGACAGCUGGACCACUGGUUACCCUCCACCAAGUUUUUUGUUGGCGAGGACAAGUAUUUCGCCAACUUCAUGGUGCAGCUGCCGUUUCUUAUGCCGACCAGCGUGCUGCCAAAAUUUAGGAGCCACGUAGCAAAUCUGCACAAGGAUAAGGGGGGAACCUUUGACUCUGCUUUCAAGUGGUUUUCAGAACGUGGACCUCGUUUUGAGCGGACCCAGAUCGCCCACACGACUAUUGGGAAUUACAUGUGGGCGUUUGCACAUGAUGAGGUGCACUGGGCUUUGGAAUGGACCAAUCACACACCGAUCCCUCGUGUCGGCGUGCAUCUCCCCUACACGCAGCCCUUUCGCGUCGCCACGAAUCACAACGAUAACGCGCCACGCGUUAUCAAGACCUACGUCCAGGUGGCGGCUUACUACUCGCACGAGGGCGUGUGCCAUGCGCUUCCUGAUGGGGAGCUGCCUGGGUGUGAUGAUGUGAACCGCUUCCCUCAGCAGCAAAUAUGGCAGUAUGCCAUGGAUUGGUAUGACUGGCCUGCUAUUAGGAAAAAGAAGGCUAACGCUACCAUAGUGUAUGAUCAGUACCAGAGUGAGCUGUCGUGCAUGUACUGGAAGGUAGCUCAGGUAGGGGCGGGUUGUGGAGGGGAGCCAAGAGUCCUAGGAACCACUGCGCAGGUGAGAGGGGCUGAUCCUGCAGGGAGGAGAAGAGAGCUCUUGAAAUUCCUUCAAGAGUGUAUCUCUCCCCAAGGUCAUAUUCCAGGAAGCUGA